UGCUGCUAUCUACAGAAGCUUCAAAGCGUUCCACGGAGAGUUCGGUGAUUAAAAGUUCUUUGCGAAGUUUUUUCCUAACAAGUCAGCCGGUCGGUCGGUCAGUCAAGUGCAGCAAGUUAAUUAAUUCUACUCGACAAUGAAAGUGCUGGCAAUCAUCGCAUUCUCCACCCUCUGCGCCGCAGUCAGUGCCGCUCCGGAGGAUUCGGCUGCCGCAUCCCUGGCUGCGGAUAGCGCCAGCAAAAGGCCCGAAAAGCGAGGUAUCGGACUCGGGUACGGUCUGUCCGGAUUCGGGUACGAUAGCAGCCAUCUCGGUUAUACUGGUGCAGCCGCCGGAUAUCAUCAUCCGGCUGCCGGAUACGUAGCCCCCGUUGCCAGUACCACGUACAUCAAGUCCGGCUACACGUCACUUCCCGUUGCCAGCGCUGCAUACCCCGCCUACGAUUAUGGCAAGUACACUGGCUUCUACCCGGGAUAUUCUACUGGGUACAGUGGGCUCGGUUAUGCUGGCGUCCCGGUGGCCGCCAGUGCUACCGGAUAUGGAAAGAUUAUCCAACCAGCUACCACGACCUACAGCAAGGUAGUCCACUCGUACCCGCACUAUGGAUCGACUGUGGGAGCCGUUUCGCCAGCCCUAGGAUACUCCGGAAUCGCCGGCUAUCACGGUGGAUACGUGUACUGAAGUGGCGGGACGCGUUGGACGCUCGGACCAGAUGUAUAUUGAAUUGCCUCAAACCUCAUACGUGGUGUUCUGUGUAGAUAGGUUUCUCUCUAAUUGUGUUAAAUUAUUUAUGACCAUUAGCCAAUAAAGAAUGCAAUUGUGAUGACCUA